AUCCCAAAGGAUCAUCGAUGCUCUGAUCCCGCAAAACGCUUUAUCAGUCUAUCGCUCUUCUUUCUAAGAUAAGCAGCGGGAGAAGCAAGACGAGUACCCUCACGUCUUAGCCGUCAACCCAUAUCUUUCUUUGCUCAAAACAAAGAUUUUGAUGGCGUCAAAGCUGCUUCAGUUUCCUAAGGCCUCUGAAGCGUCUAAGCUUGUAGCCAAGCAUGGAACUUCUUACUACAAGCAGUUGUUGGAGCAGAACAAGCAAUACAUUCAGGAGCCACCAACAGUUGAAAAGUGCAGCGAGUUGUCUAAGCAUCUCUUUUACACCCGCCUUGCUAGUAUCCCAGGUCGUACUAAGUCAUUCUGGAAGGAGCUUGAUUAUGUGAAGAAUCUGUGGAAGAACAGGAAAGAACUGAAGGUUGAAGAUGUUGGUAUUGCAGCUUUGUUUGGAAUGGAGUGCUUUGCAUGGUUCUGUGCGGGCGAGAUAGUGGGAAUGGGUUUUGCCUUCACUGGCUACUAUGUCUAAGGGGCUGUUUGGUUAAGGGGAUUUGGGAUUA